UAUAAAUAUAGUUUAAAAAAGGAUCCAAUUUGUUCACUGUCGAGUGUAGACUAACUUCCCAUAAAGAACGUACAAAAGUACGAACGUAUUAAGACAGAAUGUCAGGGCAACGCAGGAACGUCUUUACAAGGGACAAUAUGAGGGCAAACGCAGGUGCAGAUGCACAGAGGAGUAGCGGGGGCAAUGGCAAUGGCAUAUUCACGGAAAACCCCGACUGGGUCAAGCUUUUCUGGAGUGUACUCAUAGACCUUAUAGGUGCAUUGACAUAUCUUGUACCUGGCUUUGGAGAGUUAAUAGACGUUUUCUGGGCGCCCGUUCAAGCGUACCUGGUAUCAACAAUGUAUGGGUUCGGCCCCCUGACAGCCUUGUCGUUCUUUGAGGAGAUCUUACCGGGUACCGAUUUCAUCCCUACCGCUACUAUCGGCUGGGUUAGUCAACACACAAAUGUGGUGCCCUAUUUCAGCGAUCGGAUGUCGGCGUCGCAAGGUCGAAGAGGUGCACCAUACUCACAGUAGAUCUUUAACUUUAAAGUUUUAACGGUAAAUGCGCAUUAUUAAAACACAUUGACAUUCCAAA